AGAUUAUCGUGAAGUUAAAGGAGCCUGCGUUGGCCCAUGUGCAGUCACUAUAGGCUUAGAGCCACAAAGCAAGCAGAUGGGAUAAGAAAACCAGGGGAUCUAAUUACAGAGACUUAAUCAUCUAGUAAAGACCGCGGCCAGGAGCAAGUAAACCCAGCUGCAAACUUUCUGACUGUUAUUUAACAUGGAGAACGAGGAUGAGGAAGAUGAAAUCUUUACGACAAGGGAGUCAGGAUAUGACGGCCAGGAAAAUGUAGAGGAGCAGGACGAAGAAGAGGAACCAGAGGAAGAGGAGCCAGACACAGAGAGGAAGAGUAGCUUGGAUAUUCCAAUACCAAGUCGGUCACUGGCCAGCCGCAGAUCUUCACUUCCAUGUCCGGCACAACUGAAUGCAAUGCAUUUGAGUCAUCUGCACGCUGCCACCAUGGCCCACAGCCCAGCGUACCUGUGCCAUCAGCUGGAGAGCAGUGAAACCAGGCCAUCCUCUCGCUCCAGCCAUGACAGCAGUAAUGAAGAGGGAGCGCAGGCCAAAACUGGCACAUCUGACAGACGAGCACCUGCCAUUCCAACCAUCUGUGAGCCCCUGGAGAGAAAAGCUCGAUUUAGGAGUCGAAAUGUCAUGUCUCUGAGUGAUGCUGAUAAUUUGUGUUUGAUCUGCCAUGAUGACCUACGUAAAGGAAGAGGACCUAUCAGAGAACUUCACUGCUCGCACAGCUUUCACAGUGAGUGCAUAGAGGAGUGGCUGUGGACCAAGCAGACCUGUCCUACCUGUCAAAAGCACGUUGCCAUGCCAGAGCCCCUCUACUGGACAUCGACCAGAGUCAUAGUGCCCUGAACUCUUCAAGCAUCCAUUUAAACUGCUUUGGCCAUUUUACAAAAACUUUUACAACAGAUCAGAAAUGUUUUUUUUUAAACCAUUACACUGUUCUGUUUAAUUCUGGUAUUAUUUUUCUUACAAGGUAAAAAAAACAUUUUUGGAGAAUUGUAUAUGUGGUGCUACAUUUAAAUGCAGUCCUUGAAUAAUUAAGGGUUCAGGAGACACUGAUGAACCGAAUCUCACACUGUGGACUUUUAACAAAAUUAAUGUAUUCUUUUUUGUAUUUACAUAUUAAAAAAGAUCAUGUUUUUGUCUACAUUGUAUAUUUAUUUUGCAAAUAAUGUCUAUAUUGCAU